AUGGAAACUCAAGUGAAGGGAUCUCAAAUGAUUGAGUCUUAUAGAGAUAAGGCAGAGAUUUACCAUGGUGCAGCUCUCAGCAAGCAAAAAGUUCAUGAACUGCUGGAGGGGCUCUCUCUCCCUAAAGGUCUCUUACCGCUGGACAUCGAGGAGAUAGGCCAUGACCGUUCCUCCGGGUUUGUAUGGAUGAAGCAGAAGAGCAAGAAGGAGCAUAGGUUUAAGCGCAUCACUAAGACUGUCUCUUAUGAUGCCGAGAUCACGAUGUUCAUUGAAAAUGGCAGGCUAAGGAAUAUUACUGGUGUCAAGGUGAGGGAGAUGAUCAUUUGGGUAGCAAUUUGCGAGAUCUACCUUCAAGAUCCUUCUUCAGACAAGGUUGUGUUUGCGGUUCCCGGCGGCCUGAGUCGCGCAUUCCCAGUUGCAGCAUUUGAGCUCGAAGAUGAUAAGGCUAAGGGUCAGGAGAGCAAAAACUGA